AAAAAGUACCCAAACUGUGUUAUUUUUCAAAAUGAAGGAUGAAAGGAUGUGGGAGAGAGACUGUACAGAGAGCUGUGAAUAAUUCAGCGGCUUACUGAUCUCUUACGCUCGAUCCCAUCAAGCAGUUUUCAGAUCUGAUACUCACAAACCCUAAAGCACCUUCCAAUUUCAUUCCAAUAAUCAGAUUAAAUCACAAAUAGAUAUCUUCUUUAUCAAAUGAUUGCGGUCUCUGUAAAGCCAUUGUUCAUCGCUAUCUUCACUCUUUCUCUCUUCCUUGCCGUCAUUUUGCUUUCUCCUUCCACGCCGUUAUCUUCGACCCUGGUUUCCUCUUCAGAUUCAUCUACAGGGAAAUUCGAUAUAUGGAGUGUUAGAAGGGUUGUGGAGUGGAGGCCUUGCAGAUCGUGGCUUCAAGGACGCCUUAAUGCUCUACCAGUAGAGAGUAAUGGAUAUAUCCGUGUGGAUUGCUAUGGUGGCCUCAAUCAGAUGAGACGAGAUUUCUGUGAUGGUGUUGGCAUUGCCCGUCUGUUAAAUGCAACAUUGGUUUUGCCAAAGUUUGAAGCGGCUGCAUAUUGGAAUGAAUCGAGUGGCUUUGCAGAUGUAUUUGAUGUUGAUUACUUCAUUCAACAUAUAAAUGGCUUUGUUAAAAUUGUUAAAGAAUUGCCUCCAGAUAUCGCGCCAAAAGAACCUUUUCAUGUAGACUGUAGCAAACGCAAAGGCCAAUUUGAUUACAUAGAAAGUGUUCUUCCAUCCCUAUUGGAGCACCGUUAUAUUUCAAUUACACCAGCAAUGAGCCAAAGAAGGGACAGGUAUCCAAAGUAUGCAAAGGCUGCACUUUGUCAAGCUUGUUACAGUUCAUUACGCCUUACAAGAUCCUUAAAAAAGAAAGCUUCAGAACUUCUGGAAGCUAUACCAAAACCCUUCCUCUCACUUCACCUUCGAUUUGAACCGGAUAUGGUAGCAUACAGCCAAUGUGAAUACUCAGGCCUUUCUCCAGCCUCUAAGGAAGCCAUUGAAGCUGCAAGGGGAGAUGGAAAACCAUGGACUGGAGAGUUGGCCCGUAUUUGGAGAGAACGGGGGAAGUGUCCCCUCACGCCUAAGGAGACAGCCCUCAUACUUCAAGCACUUUCCAUUCCUGCAAACACAAAUAUAUAUCUUGCCGCUGGGGAUGGGCUUAUGGAAAUUGAAGGUUUAACGUCUGUAUACACCAAGGUUUUUAAAAAAUCUGCCCUUCUUAACGGUGAGGAUUUCACAAGCAUGCAUGGGAACACAAAAGCUGCCUUGGAUUACUAUGUAUCUAUCAAUAGUGAUUCAUACAUGGCUACUUAUUUUGGUAACAUGGAUAAGAUGGUUGCUGCUAUGCGAGCUUAUAAAGGGCUAUAUAAAACCCUAUUCUUAAGCCGAAGAGCUUUUGCAGAACUCACUUUUCAGGGCUUGAAAGGGAAGGAGUUGAUGCAAGCCUUAUGGACAACACAUGAGCAAGAUUUUGUUAUGGGAAGAGGGUCUGCUUUGCCUGACUGCUUUUGUGAAUUUAAACUGUAACUUCAUCUUUUUUUUUUUUUUUCCCUGUCCUGCUUUAGUGAUGUACUAACAUUUUCUUUUGUAUCUGAUAUCAUGCUUGUUGCUGUUCCCUUUUAGAAA